UCGUCCACAUUUUCUGGAUUGGUUGAACAGUGCAGAAGAGAACCUCUCCUAACAUUUAAAAACAAAUCUCAUCAAGGCCAGAAUGUGGGGGAUCUAGUUUCAGGAGUUUUUUAUGCUUGCUGCGUUAGGUUAUAAAGUUGUUGUUUUUUAAGUUACCGUAAUGCCAUGUGCGUCCAAUUAUAUAUGUGCAUGUGUAACAGCCAAACCAUUUAUGAAACUUCUAUUCGUUCAAAUAAGCAAGACGUAACAAAUUAGCAAUCAAUUACAUUUGUGUUGACCAAAUUCGACAUUCUCAUUAACCUACAUGCACAAAUUCCUCACUUCGUGGUCUUAUUUUUGUGUAAAGAUUUUGGGCGAAGUAAAUCUUCUCACUUCACCUCUUGCACUAUGAUUUGAUCUUUGCUGUAAAGCGGCUUAGAGUGGAUCAUGUGACUAGAAAAACAUGACACACCGAUCAGGAAGCAGAGUGUAGGCCGAGUAGACUGUCAAGACAGAACUCAUUAAUUAAGGUCUUGGGGAGACUCCCAAUGUGUCAACGAUGGCCUACCAGUACGGAAAAGUGCAGGACCCAAAUGUGCUUACUCAGACGAUAAUCUCCAACAUCCAAAAGAUCGCACAACAAACAUCUGAAAUACAGAGUAUUGUGGAUAAGUUGGGAACCCCACAAGACACAACUGAGCUCAGACAGCAGCUGCAGCAGAAACAGCAGAAUGUCAACCACCUUGCCAAAGAAACAGACCGAAGUGUGAAGCAAUUUGGCUCUUUGCCUGUCACAACUGAACAGCGCCAGAGAAAGAUCCAGAAAGACAGAUUUAUCAAUGACUUCUCCAAUGCACUGGCCAAUUUCCAAAAGACACAGAGGCAGGCUGCUCAGAAAGAGAAGGCGUUUGUUGCCAGAGUCCGUGCCGAGUCUAGAGUGUCGGGUGGCUAUCCUGACGACAGCUUUGGAGGAAAUGGAAACGUCUUUGAAAGUGGGGGGCAGGCCCAGGUCCAGUCACAGUCCCAGGAGGUGGCCAUCACUGAAGAGGACCUGCAGCUCAUCCAGGAGAGAGAGACUUCCAUCAGACAGCUAGAGUCUGAUAUUACAGAUAUAAAUGAAAUAUUUAAGGACUUGGGAAUGAUGGUCCAUGAGCAAGGGGAUGUGAUCGACAGUAUAGAGGCCAAUGUCGAAACUGCUGACAUUCAUGUUCAGAAUGCCACCCAGCAGUUAGCACAGGCUGCAGACUAUCAGCGCAAAUCUAGGAAGAAGAUCUGCAUUCUCAUUGUCGUUCUGGCGGUUCUUGCUGUUGUCAUUGGUUUAAUCAUCUGGGCAUCAGUCAAAGGAUGAUGAUGCUUUUCAUAUACUCUUUGGUCCUGGCAUUUUAUUGAUUAUUUAGGACUAAGUUUGAGUUACAAAUCUCAUGGCCAUAAUACUAAGAAGAAUACACACAGCAUAGACCUGGAAUAGGCUUAUGUGAUACAGUACCUGCUAAUUAUUAUGGACUGUAGCCUAGUCUAUGCACCAGAGGCCAAGAAUUGUGCAAUGCUAAGUAAUAUCUUGCAUCACUUUUGCUGUCAAGUUCCUCAGUGCUGGCUUAUUUUUCUCUUCAAGCCUUUAUUUUAUAUGAAGCAAUUUAUGCAUUUUUAUUUAAUCUCACAAAGAUUCUCACUGUAUAAAUAAAUAUGUACAGUGCCUUCAGAAAGUAUUCAUACUGCUUGACUUAUUCCAUAUUUUGUUGUUAGUCUGAAUUCAAAAUGACUUAAACUGCUUUUUUCCCUCACCCACCUACACACCAUAUCUCGUAAUGACAAAGUGAAAACAUGUUUUUGACAUAUUUGCAAAUGUAUUGAAAAUGAAAUGCUGAAAUAUCACAUUUUCACAAGUAUUCACACCCCUUAGUCAAUACAUAUUUUGAAUGACCUUUGGCAGCGAUUACAGCUGUAAGUCUUUAUGGGUAAGUCUCUAAGAGUUUUGCACACCUGGAUUGAACAAUAUUUGCAAAUUAUUAUUUUUACAAUUCUUCAAGCUCUGUCAAGUUGGUUGGUGAUCAUUGCUAGACAGCCAUUUUCUUGCCAUAGACAACUUAAUUGACAACUGCAACUAGGCCACUCAGGAACAUUCAAUGUCCUAGUGUCUGUUGGAAAGCAGACUGAACCAGGUUUCCUCUAGGAUUUUGCCUGUGCUUAGCUCCAUUCUGAUGUAUUUUUAUCCUUAACUCCGUAUUCCUUGCCGAUGAUGAGCAUAACAUGAUGCAACGUUUUCUGCAGUUUUACUUUAGUGCCUUAUUGCAAACGUGGAAUAUUUGUAUUCUGUACAGGCUUCCUUCAUUGAGGUUAGUAUUUUGGAGUAACUACAAUGUUGUUGAUCCAUCUUCAGUUUUCUCCUACCACAGCCAUUAAACUCUAUAACAGUUUAAAGUCACCAUUGGCUCCAUGGUGAAAUCUCUGAGCGGUUUCUUUACUCUCUGACACCUGUAUCUUUGUAGUGACUGGGUGUAUUGCAGCACCAUCCCAAAGUAUAAUUAAUAACAUCACCAUGCUCAAAGAGAUAUUCAAUGUCUGCUUUUUAUUUUUACCCAUCUACCAAAAAGUCAGUGGACUUUUAAUCCAACUCAGGAGGUGCGCACACCACUCACCUCUUCCGAGUAUAUUACCCGCUAAUGUUCAGUCUCUGGAUAUUAAGGUUGACGAGCUCAGGGCAAGGAUUUCCUUCCAGAGAGACAUCAGGGAUUGUAACAUACUCUGUUUCACGGUAACAUGGCUCUUGGGAUAAACUGAGUCCAUUCAGCCAGUUGGGUUCUCAGUUCAUCGCGCAGAUGGGAAUGUAUAUCUCUCCAGGAAGAAGGGCGAGGGUGUAAGUUUCAUGAUUAACUACUCAUGGUGUGAUUGUGAUAACGUACAGGAACUCAAGUCAUUUUGUUGACCUGACCUAGAAUACCUCACCAUCAAAUGCUGACCGUAUUACCUCCCAAGAGAAUUCUCUUCGUUUAUAGUCACAGCCGUGUAUAUUCCUCCUCAAGCCAACACCAUGACAAAGAACUUCAUUGGACUUUAUGCAAACUGGAAACCACAUAUCCUGAGGCUGCAUUUAUUGUAGCUGGGGACUUUAACUGAGCAAAUUUGAGUAAAACAUUACCGAAGUUCUAUAAAGGCUUUUCGCUACACCCGCAAUAACAUCUGCUUAACACGUAUGUGACAAAUUAAAUUUGAUUUGAUAGGUGCCCUUUGUGAGACAUUGGAAAACCUCCCUGGUCUUUGCGGUUGAAUCUGUGUUUGAAAUUCACUGCUCGUCUGAGGGAACUUACAAUUAUCUGUAUGUGUGGGGAAACAGAGAUGAGAUUCAAAAAUGUUAAACACUAUUAUUGCACACAGAGUCCAUGCAACUUAGUAUGUGAAUUGUUAGGCUCCCCAUAAGAAUGGGGAUGAAUACUUAUUGACUCAAGACAUUUCAUUUUAAAAUGUAAUACAUGUUAGAUUUCAGGCUGUAACACAACACAAGGUGGGAAAAGUCGAGGGGUUUGAAUACUUUGAAGGCACAGUAUGGGUUAUACAAUUAUUGUGGAACUGUGAAUGUUUUUGCUGCCUCAAAUGUUAUCUGUUUUUAUACAGCUCUUUCCGUUUUCACUUUCUUCAAUAAAAAGCAGUGCAGCACUAGAUGCAAUGAGCUCUUAAUUGCUGGCUUCCCUUUUUCCCCCAUUCUGACCUUUGCCUACUAAUCAUCAUUCUUCUUUAAUUCAGUGUGAUUUGGUCGUACUUUAGAAAGUUGUGUAGCCUAUCUGCUUUGUGUUUUCAAUGGAAAUGUUACAUAUCAAAAGUUUACUAUUUUUUUUAAGAUAUACUUUUUCUUUUUGAUUCUUGGUCUUUACUGAAGCUUUACUGUACAAUAUACUCCUGAAACAUGAUAAAUGAGCUCAAUCAAUAAAACCCUGAUUUGUGUACUCAA